UUUUGGACAAGAAUAUCCCUGGGACAUUCUUGCUUUUUAUUCUCUCCCCGCAUCGUACGCCGCCGACACAGCUUCGAGUUUUGGCAAGUGCUAACAUACGCCUCUGACACCAAAGCGACGCUCUCUGCUCCCAUAGAGAAGGCGAUGGUGAACGUGAUGGAGUGGCAGAAGCAGAGUUGGCAACCCAACGGUAACGCCGAAAUGAUGUACGUCAAAGUCAUGACAGACGAACAACUCGAGACUCUCCGCAAGCAGAUUGCGGUUUACGCAACAAUCUGCGAGCAACUCAUCGAGAUGCACAAAACCAUCUCUUCUCACCAAGAUCUCGCAGGGAUUAGGCUGGGAAACAUGUACUGCGAUCCUUUGUUGGGGUCUAGUGGGCACAAAAUAGCUUCGAGGCAGAGAUGGACUCCGACUGCUAUGCAGCUUCAGAUUCUGGAGCGGAUAUUUGAUCAGGGAACUGGGACUCCCAGCAAGGAAAAGAUCAAGGAGAUCACUGCUGAGCUCAGCCAGCAUGGCCAGAUUUCUGAGACCAAUGUUUAUAACUGGUUUCAGAACAGGCGGGCUCGCUCCAAAAGAAAGCAACAGAAUGUGGCACCCGGUGUUAAUGCGGAAUCAGAAGUAGAGACCGAGGUUGAUUCCAAAGAUAAGAAGACAAAGGCAGACGAUUUUUGGUCCCAGCUCAAUGUUUCUGCUGGGCCUUCUGAUAAUUUAGGUUUCCAGAACCAUGAUGAUCUGCAGUACUUGAAUGACAAUUCAGAGUCCAACAAACCAGAUUCUGUUUUCCCGUCUGAUGGGAGUUUAAGACCCACUAGAAAUUUCAACCAUGUGCCUGUUUUCGAUGGGCUGCUAUCGAACCCCGGAAAUGGCUAUCUUACUGGAAAAAUAGAAGCUCCUGAGAGUUACGACUUAUACCAGCCAUCAGACGACUUCGACAUGGCAGGCUGACAGUCAUUGUAAUUUCUGAGACUGUGAUUAGCUGUAAAGAAUUGCUGGUUUGAUUUUGAGCUAGUGUGAAUGAGAAAAAUUGAACCAAUUGAAACAUGAGAACUUAUAGCUUAUAGUAUAUAGAUACCACGAUCUAAAAUGGUAGUGGACAUUUUACUUGAUAAUGGAAUAUAUUUGGGAGUUCGUAUUGAUAGUGUGAA